UUUUAUAUUUGAGUUUGACUCCUUGACCGUGAGGAGUUUGUAUUCUGUUGCCUGCUGAAAAACAAUCUUAGAGGAUAGAGCAUAGUUAGUAUUGUUAUGAUGGUUAUUGUUUCUAUUCAUCCAGAUAUUCCAGAUAACAAAAGGGAAAAGAUCCUCCCAGGUAAGAUAUUUGUGAUUCAACGUAAGAUUUAUGUUUUUGAUUAUGAAAAGCCAGUGAGUUAUACCAUUGGCUGAGAGGUGAAUAAUACCUAAAUUCUUCCAGAAUGCAUCAGUUAUAGGACAAUUAAAGAAAGUAUGCAUAAUGGUCUCAUCCUCAGUUUUGCACAUUGGACAAACAGCAACAAUAUUCAUACCAAUAUGGCUAAGAUAAGAUCUACAGGGUAGUCUAUCGUAAAAACAUCUCCGCAGGAGAAAUUUUAUCUUGUUAGGGUAGUUGAGAUGCCAAAUCCAUGUAAAAUCUAUGUCAUUGUCCUCCUGACCAUCAACGAGAGUGUAACAUGAUUUUAUACUAAACCUGCCAUUGCUACUAAGGGACCAAAAUAGGGACGUCGGGAGUAGUAGCGUGUUGGGAGAGAUUUAAAGUGCUAAUAUUAUCAAUAAUACAACAGGGAAGGUCAAAAGACAAGUUAGAAAAAUUGCGUUACUUCUCUAAUUUUUUAGAUAGUGGUCGGUCAUAUUGAGAGGCCCUUGAAUGGAAUUUCUUAGACAUGGAGUGUUGGGGAUCCAUCUGGAAUUCCAAAUAUCAAUACCAGACCUUUCAUUGAUAGUCCAAAGGAUCCCUUUAUCUUGCCAUUUGAUCCCACUCCCGUGUUUAUUUUCCCUUCUUUUCUGUAAGUUUGCUAUAUCUUGCAGCAGUGUAUUUGCCAAUUUGGCAAAUGAAUCUCUAAUUGUUUGUUUUUCGUGAUGUAUGAUGUAUGCCUCAGACAGCAUCUCGUUAUGCAAUUGGUUUGAAGAUAUUGAAUCAACUCGUGUCAGAGAUGAAUCAGCCUAGUCCUGGAUUGCCAUCAGCGCAGCAUCGUAGGGUGGCUUGCUCCUACAGAGAUCAAUCACUUCUUCAAGUAUUCCAAAUAUCCUUGACAUCAAUGGCCCAGCUGAAAAAUGACGUUACAAUUUCUGAGAAUGCGGUUAGCAGCAAACUACAAGAACUGGCUCUUGCUCUGUCACUAAAAUGUUUAUCAUUCGACUUUAUGGGAACAACGGUUGAUGAAAGUUCGGACGAUUUUAGCACAAUUCAGAUCCCAUCUUCGUGGAAGCAAGUCCUGGAGGACUCAUCCACGGUGCAGAUUUUUUUUGACUAUUAUGAGAUCAAUAAGCCUAACAUUUCAAAGGAGGCAUUGGAGUGUUUAAUCCGGCUGGCUUCAGUGAGGAGAUCACUGUUUACAAAUGACACUUCUAGAGUGAAAUACUUAGCACACCUGAUGACAGGAACCAAAGACAUUAUGCAAACUGGGAAAGGUCUGGCUCAUCACGAUAAUUAUCAUGAGUUCUGUCGGCUUCUUGGACGUUUUAAAGUCAAUUAUCAGUUAUCGGAGCUUGUCAAUGUGGAAAGUUAUGCGGACUGGAUACGUCUGGUUGCCGAAUUUACUUUGAGAUCUUUGCAGUCUUGGCAGUGGGCUAGCAGUAGUGUUUACUACCUUCUUGGACUGUGGUCUAGAUUGGUUUCAUCGGUGCCGUAUUUGAAGGGAGACACACCAAGCCUGCUUAGUGAAUUUGUACCAGAGAUUGUGAAAAGUUUUAUCACAUCAAGAUUUGGUUCCUUUCAGGGCGAAAUCUCUGAUCUCUCAGAGAACCCCCUUGACAAUGUUGACCUUCUUCAAGAUCAGCUUGAUUGUCUUCCUUAUCUUUGCAGAUUUCAGUAUGAGAGUUGUAGCUCAUACAUUAUUCAGAUUACUGAUCCUCUACUGCAGAUGUAUAUGGAAUCCGCUGAUCCCCAGGUUCUUACAGUGGUGGAAACAAAAUUUGCUUGGAUAGUUCACAUAAUUGCAGCUAUUGUUAAGACUAAGCAACUUAGUGGAUACAGUGGGGAAUCUCAAGAAAUCCUUGAUGCAGAACUUUCAGCACGCGUACUGCGGCUGAUAAAUGUUACUGAUAGUGGUUUACGCAGUCAGAGAUAUGUAGAAACGAGCAAACAGCGCCUUGAUCUAGCUAUUCUUGUGUUCUUCCAGAACUUUAGAAAGUCGUAUGUUGGAGAUCAGGCAAUACAUUCAUCUAAGCAACUAUAUGCUAAAUUGGCUGAGCUUCUUGGGCUCCAUGAUCAUAUGCUAAUAUUGAAUGUCAUUGUUGGGAAGAUAGCAACCAAUCUUAAGUUUUAUGGAGAGAGCGAGGAAGUUAUCAGUCAAACACUGAAUCUCAUGUUGGAAAUGGCAUCUGGAUAUAUGACUGCAAAGCUUCUUGUAAAGUUGGAUACUACUCAAUUAAUAAUAUCCAAUCGUAAUAGGGAAGAAUUCCCGUUUUUGGGGGACUACAGGUGCUCUCGUAGUAGAACUACCUUUUACUAUAUUAUUGGCUUGUUGAUCUUUAUGGAAGAUAGCUUUUUGAAAUUUAAAGCAUCAAUGGACCCACUUCUGCAGGUCUUGCUGAGUUUGGAACUGAUUCUGGAUGCCUUGUUUCGCACUGAUGAUGUUAAGCAAGCAUUAAUUGGGUUGAUGAGGGAUCUCAGAGGAAUUGCAAUGGCUACAAGUAGCCGAAGAACAUAUGGUUUCCUAUUUGAUUGGUUAUAUCCAGCACAUAUUCCCCUUCUUGUUAAGGCCAUAACAAUAUGGGCAGACACUCCAGAGGUGACAACACCGCUGCUUAAAUUCAUAGCCGAGUUUGUGCUGAACAAGUCCCAACGACUGAAUUUUGAAACCUCAUCUCCCAAUGGCAUUCUUCUUUUUCGAGAAGUCAGCAAAUUAAUUGUUGCAUAUGGAUCCAGAAUUCUCUCUCUGCCUAGUCACGUGGAUAUGUAUCAGUUCAAAUACAAGGGUAUUUGGAUUUCUUUGACUAUUCUUUCGAGAGCACUUGCUGGUAACUAUGUCAACUUUGGGGUGUUUGAGAUUUAUGGGGACAGAGCGCUAGCAGAUGCUUUUGACAUUUCUAUGAGGAUGGCUCUAUCUAUUCCUUUGGCUGAUAUACUCGCAUAUAGAAAGCUUUCAGGAGCUUACUUCACAUUCCUGGAAAUCAUGAUGAAAAACCAGAUCCAUUUGAUACUAAACUUGGACUCAAGUAGCUUUAUAUUUAUUGCUGGAUCUCUUGAGUCUGGACUUAAAGUACUGGAUGCAAAUAUCAAAUCACAGUGUGCAUCUGCUGUGGACAACUUGGCUACUUUUUAUUUCGAUCACAUAACAGCUGGAGAGUCACCAACUACCCCCGUGGCUCUUAACCUGGCUCAGCAUUUAGCAGAUUGUCCGAACAUAUUUCUUGAAAUAAUGAAGACUCUCUUUGAGAUUGUUCUGUUUGAAGAUUGUGGCAACCAGUGGAGCCUAAGUAGACCGAUGCUGAGUAUGAUACUCAUCAGCGAAGAGAUGUUCUCAAACUUAAGAGCUCAGAUUUUGUCUUCACAGCUCCUAUUUAUCCAUUUUCAUCUGCAGCCAACAGACCAACAACAGCGUCUUUCACUGUGCUUUGACAAACUUAUGGCUGAUAUAACUCGAAGCUUGGAUCAGAAGAACAGGGAUAAGUUCUCCAACAAUCUAACUAGAUUCAGGAAUGAGUUCCGGACCAGAUAAGCACAGUGAUAAAAGCAAGUGGUGCAUCCCUUGUACACAAUAACCUUUCUCUCACCUUCCCAAACACGUACAAAAAGAAAAGGGCACAUUUACGCAGACAGAACAUGGGAAGGGAGAGCCAAGGAAUAAGAAACAACAUCAAGAACAUAUUCAAGAAAAAUGAAAUUGUGAUGGUGGCUAAAGAUUUGUUCUUUUUUAUAUUUGUCCCUAUUGGUGAAAUGCAUUCUGCGAAGUGCUUUCUGUCAUUUUUUGCUAAAUCCAUGCUGUAAUUUCUAUCACAACAGUGUACAAUCCAACUGAAGAUCUUAUUUUUGCUAUUAGAAAUGCAAAAGAUCAUUAGUGUUUUCUUAA